AACUGACAGCCAGCCGCAAAUUGAGUUGCCUCUCGAUAUCGAACGUGAACGGAACUACACGAAUAUGACGGCAGAAACGGCGAAUACGGGUCCUGCCAUUGGCCAGCGUCAUGUGCAAACCCUUCUGCUCUUCCUUUCGAUUGUGGUCAACUACAUGGCCAAGUUUAAUGCUGGCGUGGCAAUUGUGGCCAUGACGAAUGCCGAGAGCACCAAUCCGGAUUUUCCUGAAUACGAUUGGAAUGGCGCUCAACGCUCCUACAUCCUGUCCAGCUUCUUCUGGGGCUACAUCAUGACACAGUUCCUCGGUGGCUGGCUGUGCCGUCGCUUUGGCGCACGGAUGACCAUGUUCGUGUCGACCAUUGGAUCGGCUCUCCUCGCACUGCUGCCACCUUGGUGCGUGUCCUGGGGCGGCUGGCAGGCAUAUUGUGCCAUUCGUGUGGCCAUGGGCCUGUUCCAGGGCUUCCUGUUCCCCUGCAUCCACGCCCAUCUGGCCAACUGGUGUCCCGUGAGUGAGCGCAAUCGACUGGGCGCCCUGGCCAACACGGGCCUCGAUUGUGGCACGCUGCUGGCAAUGUUUGCCAGCGGACAGAUUGCCGCCUCGAGCAUGGGCUGGCCCGGCAUCUUCUACAUCUCGAGCGCCGUCGGUGUGCUCUGGUGCGUCAUCUGGCUGAUCUUUGGCGCCAACACACCGCGCGAGUCCAAGUACAUCAGCGAGGAGGAGCUGAACUACAUUGAGAACUCGAUCAACUCGAGUCGCGCCAAGGAGGCGGAGGAGCUGAAGGCCAAGGGUCCCAUUCCGGUGCCCUGGGCAGCCAUCUGGAGCUCUGUGCCCUUCUGGGCGCUGAUGAUUACGCGCUGCUGCCAGUCGUGGGGCUACUCCACGCUGCAGACGGAGAUGCCCUCCUACAUGAACGACGUCCUGCUGAUGGACAUGAAGAACAAUGCCAUCUUCUCGGCGCUGCCUUAUCUCACCUCCUGGGUGAUGGCUUUCGUUUAUCUGAUCAUUGCGGACAUUCUGCUCACAGGCGGAACCAUGACCAUCACGGGCAUCCGCAAGACCUUCAACUCCAUUUCGUUCUUUGUGCCUGCCCUUACGCUGAUUGGCAUUGGAUUCCUGGACAGCGAUCAGAAGACUCUGGCCGUUGUCCUGAUGUGUGCCAAUGUGGGCAUCAAUGCGGGCAGCACCAUCGGCAGCACCAUCAACACCAUCGAUCUGUCGCCCAAUCAUGCGGGCAUUCUCAUGGGCAUUAUCAACACAGCGGCUAAUGUUGUGCCCAUCCUGACACCUCUCCUGGUGGGAGUCAUCGUAACGAAUGAUCACAAUCGCGGCGAAUGGCAGUUGGUAUUCAUCAUCGCGGCCGUCAUCUUCAUUGUGGGCAACAUUAUUUAUCUCUUCUUUGGUCAAAUGGUCAACCAGCCAUGGGAUGCGCCUGACUUUUUGGACAAGCAAAUGUCCAGCAAUCUGCAGGAGCAGGGAAAUGCCAAGGCCCUGGAGGCGCAACAAAGCGAAAGAUCAGAGGAAAUUGCAAGAUAAUCGAACCCAAAAGGAGCAUACUCCACGGCGGCUGGUCCGUGCCCCACAAAAUCUGAGAAUAUUCAAAACUAAUUGUUAAGUUUUAGACUGUAAGAAGUACAAAAUAAAUGAUACCAAAACCA